AUGAAUUUCUCUUCAUUCUUUCAAUUGUGGGAUGAACUCAAGUCAAAUCGCCUUGCCAAAUACGGCACAGUUACUGCGGUCACAGCUUUUAGUUUGCUUCUUCUGAGGAGAUGGAUUGCAGGUGGAGUUUGCCGCUGCCGUGUGCGUCUGGAUGGCAAAACUGUGGUCAUUACUGGUGCCAACACCGGCAUUGGGAAAGAAACAGCACGCGACAUGGCCAUGAGAGGCGCUCGGGUUGUGAUGGCUUGUCGAGAUCUUUCAAAAGCAGAAAAGGCUGCGGCUGAAAUUCGCAGAUCUACAGGAAACGGCGACAUAGUAGUUCGCCACCUAAACCUGGCAUCUCUGUACUCCGUACGCCAGUUUGCACAUCAAUACAUGGCCUCUGAGGAUCGGCUGGACAUACUUAUUAACAACGCUGGAGUGAUGAUGUGCCCUAAAAGCCUCACGGAGGAUGGCUAUGAAACACAGUUUGCCGUCAAUCAUUUGGGCCAUUUUCUGCUGACUGUUCUGCUUUUGGACAUGCUGAAGAAGUCCAGUCCUAGUCGAGUUAUUAAUGUGUCCAGUAUUACUCACAAAGGAGGAAAGAUCCACUUUGAUGAUCUAAACUUUAACAAAGCACCGUACGAUUCAUUGGUGAGCUACCGGCAGAGCAAACUCGCCAACCUGCUGUUCACUCGAGAGUUAGCCAGGAGGAUUAAAGGCUCUGGUGUGUCAGUAUUCGCUCUUCACCCUGGAGUGAUCCGCACUGAACUGGGGCGAUACGUGCAGACGCAACACCCUCUGCUCAGCGGCUUGCUGUCUAUUCCUGCUCUGCUACUCAUGAAAACACCCUAUCAAGGAGCUCAGACGUCUAUCUACUGCGCCACAGCUGACGGUCUGGAGACUCACAGCGGCUGCUAUUUCAGUGACUGUGCGCUGAAGGAACCUGCUCCUGAAGGUAAAGACGAUCUUGCUGCCCUUCGGCUGUGGGAAAUAAGUGCAAAGCUGGUGGGUUAUAGUGAAGAGGACUGA